AUGCAUCUCCUCAUACUUCUGGCCACGGCCAUCCUCCUAUGCUCAGUUAAUGCCAGGUCUCAGUCUGAAGCUCAACCCCAGACCGGGAAUAUCUCCCCGUUCUCACAAACCACCAAAUACCCUCUCCCUAACGCCGGCAAUGUAGCCGCGCACGACCCCAACAUUCUCCAACACGACGGCGCCUACUGGCUCUUCAAGGGCGGGAUUCACCUCCCCAUGUACAAAGCUCCAACUCUCGACGGACCGUGGACACAACUCGGGACCGUCCUAGACGGACCCAGCAUGAUCCCGAAGCAAAACCGCAGCCGGCCCUGGGCACCGACCACCGUCGCCUGGAAAAACUCUUUCUAUUGUUUCUACUCGAUCAGCAAAGCCGGCAGCCGCAACAGCGCCAUCGGCGUGGCGACCUCGACGCAAUUGAGCCCGGGCAGCUGGACCGACCACGGGGCGCUGAUCAAUACGGGCCAGGGCAACGGAUCCGAUAUCUCCCCGUACACCGACUCAAACGCCAUCGACCCGUCCUUCAUUACGGACCAUGCCUCCGGGCAGCCGUACCUGCUGUAUGGAAGCUACUGGCAUGGAAUCUAUCUGGUGCCUCUGGCUGAAGACCUGCUCUCGGUAAGGGAGCCCGAACGGCCGAAUGCGACGAAUCUGGUGUAUGCACCGGAUGGAGGGCGCGUGAAGCCCGAUGAGGGCUCGUUUAUGAGCUAUAGGAAGCCGUAUUACUAUGCCUGGUUUAGUCAUGGGAAGUGCUGUGGGUUUCAAAAGGGGUUUCCGGCUAUGGGGAAGGAGUAUAGUAUACGUGUUGGACGGUCGAAGGAUGUGAGGGGUCCAUUCGUGGAUGAAGAUGGACGUCGUUUGACGGAGGGAGGCGGCACCGUGGUCUAUGCCUCGAAUCAUGGCUCGGUGUACGCUCCAGGGGGUGUUGGUGUUCUGUCUGGGACAGACGGGGCGUCGGAUGUUCUGUAUUAUCACUAUCUUAACACUUCGAUCGGGCUCAAGGAUACUGAUGCGCAGUUGGGUUGGAACUACCUUGACUACAAGGACGGAUGGCCGGUUGCUAAAUCUGGGUAUGUGUCCAUGUUAGAGGAGUAUGACUGCGCUGAACAGUGGCUGUGCAGAGACAACGGCACCGAUACAAGCGAAAGCAGCGGGACGACGGUUCGGCCUCAUUAUAUGCUUGAUAUUCUUGCGUUCAUAUUCACUGGGAGCUACCUUUGGUUCUGCAGCUAG